AUGCCUCCAAAGAAAGUUGAAAAAACAGCAGCUGCUCAGGGAGGAAAAAAUGGACAAAAAGGGGCUAGGGCAGGGGCUAAAGAACCUCCUGCAAAGGGCAAAGUAAAAGAAGAUCCUAAAAAGGCAAAAGGAAAAGCAAAGCCUGCUGUUACCAGUGAAUCUGAAGAUGGCUCGGAUGCAGAGUUAUUAAAGACAGGAGCAAAGGCCCAAACACCAGCCCCAAAGCCUAAAAGAGGUCUAAAAACUACAUCUAGACUUUUUAUGCGAUUAUCGAAGAAAAAAAAAGAUACCCCUAUGAAGGCUUUCCAAAAUCCAUCUAAGUUGCUUGCAGGACUUGGCAAGUCUAAACCUGAAGAUCUAAAGAAUACAUCUAAAUUCAUGUCAGGAUUUCUAAGUGGUGGAAAAAAUAAAGUUGAGAAGAAAGAAGGCGAAAAAUCUCUUUUAUUGCUCAAUAUCGGUGGACAAACAAAAAAAACAGCAGCUGCAACUUCUGGGCUAGGAGGCAAACUGAAAGGAUUUAUGGGCAAAAAGCCUACUGCACCUGCAAAAUUCAAGAAUAAAGGAGGGCUUGUGGGAAGAAUUUCAGGAGCUACUAAUUGGCUGAUUAGUAAAUUCAUAACAUCUAAAACAUCUUCGGGAAGACAAAGUCGUUCAUUUCGUCAACGCAGGUCAAACAAAGAUAGAUAUGGCUAUGAGAAUGGAGGAUAUGAGUAUGAUGAGGCUGAAUUUAGCUAUGGGGAAGAUGACUAUGACCUAAGAAGCUAUGGAAGAAACAACCCACAAGGGCGAUAUUUGGACCAGAAUGAAUAUGACCAUGGACGAUUCAGGAGACCUUAUCAAUAUGACUGCCAUGAUGAAGAGUACUAUUGUUAUCCUGAAGAUGAAUAUGGAUUAUAUGGUGAAGAAAGUGAUUACUAUGAUCCCCUUUAUGCCGAUGAAUAUGGAUAUUAUGUUGAAGACUACAUUGACCAAUACAACGAAAGACAACCAUAUGACUAUUAUGAUACUGGAAUAGACUACUAUGAUCCUAGGCAGCAAAGAAUGGAUGAAUAUGGUUAUUUUGAUAGUGGCAUUGAAUAUUAUAAUGAAGCUGGGUAUCCACAAGAAGAAGAAUAUGACUACUAUGGAAAUGAUCCAGAAUACUACAAUUAUGGUGCUUACCCAGAGCAGUUUGAUUAUUAUGGUGAUCAGCAAAAUUUUUAUGGAAGCCAGGAGUGGUACCCAGAUGCUUACAUGAGGUACCCAAAUUACCCAAAUCCGUACAAUCAAAAUCUUUACACCUAUAGUGGAGAACCUACAGCAAUUUAUAUAGAUCCUCUCUUAGGUGUUAAUCAGCCAUACACCUACAUAAUAGGGGAUAUAAUGGAACAGACAGAGCCAUCUGAACCUUACACUAAUGAAACUGCACAGCUAGGAAUGGAAAGUUUUAUGCCUGAAGAUCAGUUUCGGCUCCCAAGACCACAAGUCAAACUGUUUGGAAAAGAGAAACUUGAAAUUGUAAAUCCAGCAUCUCCUCAUAUUGCUCUAAAUGAUUUAGAAUUGAUGUCUGAUAUGCAACACGAAAACCCUCAGAUGUUUCCUCAACCUAUGGGGUUUACUCAGCAGAUUUCACAGCAAAUGGUAGAAAUUCCACAACAGUCUUCCACCGCAACUCUUAUGCUAAGUCAACAAACACCAACACCAUAUCCUGCAGCAGGUGGCAGUCCUGUUAUGCUUCAACAAUCACCAACAGCAUAUCCUGCAGCAACAGGUGGCAGUCAUGUUUUAGUCCAAACAACACCAACAGCAUAUCCUGCAGCAGCAGGCGGCGGUCCUAUCUUUGUCCAACAAACACCAACAUCAUUUUCUGGAGCACCAGGCACUGGUCCUGUUUUGAUCCAGCAAACACCAAUAGCAUAUUCUUCAUUACCUGUUGGGUCUCCUAUUUUGGUUCAUUCACCACAAUUGCCAUCCUCCCCAAUACUUCAAGCAAGGUCUCCUUUUCCUCCUCCUAUGCCAGGAUCACCCACACCAAGUAGACACUCUUUUGGACCUGUGAGUCACAUGCCACUGGCAACACCUCUAUCACCUGUUUUAUCUGCAAGGAGAUUUGACCCAGGCUUCAUUGAUCAAGCAAACCCCACUUAUAUAUAUCCAGAUCCCAUGUUUCAAAGACCUGAAUUUCCAUUUGAGAAUAUACAACAAACAUCACUAAGACGAAAAAGUCCUCAUCUCUCACAGCUUUCUAUCAGGAGGGGUAAAGUUUUACCAGGCCGGAAUAAUCCUUUUCCCCACCAAAGGUUUGAUACCCAACCACAGGGAAUAAGUCCAGGAUUUUCACCAAGACAGCAAAGAGUAUUUGGUCAAUCAUCAUGGAAUACCAAUACACAAAGACCACUAUCACCACUCCAAAAAAGAGGGCUUACGCCCCCAUCUUCCCCACAAUUUUCAAGACGAGGACCAUCUCCAACAGUCACUUUGAAGGGAAAGUCUCCCAUCCCCCAGAGAAGACCUUUAUCUAUAAGAGGACAAUCUCCUGAUGUUGUAGAAGGAGGGAGUCCAUUAACCCCAUUGCGAGGCUCGUUAAGAAGGAAAAGCCCUCCCUCAUCUCCAAGAAUGAAUCUACGGCAAAGUGUCCAUUCAGGCCCCCCUCAAAGUCCUUUCAGGCCAAUUGGUGGAAAAAGGCAUGAUUCUUUUAUAUCAUCAAAAUCAAUUGCUGGUUCUUCACAACCAUCUUUAAGAAGAAUGAGCCGUCCUCUAUCUCCAAGAAUUGAUCAACAGACUGAACCUUAUCCACCACCCUCACCUCAUGCCCAAAGAACAGUAUCACCAAGACCAAUAUCCUCGUCUGCCGCUCGACCUCUCUCUCCUACACCAUCAAGAUUGUCUGCUAGAAUCCAGCACGAUACUCAAAGUCUGUCUACUCAUCCGUCCACACGUAGAUUUAGAGGAUUUGGUCGAAAUAAAGUACCGAUGGGUACUGUUAAACCAUCCCCUGUCAAUCCAGUUUUGCAAAGAAGAAGCCACCAGGAACAUCCUCUAACACAAAACGUAUCCCCAUUCACAUCUUCCAUUCAUAAUGGAGUAAUAGGUUCAGGACCUAUGCAUCGAAGUACAACCUCAUCACCUGUACCCUUAAGAAGACAGGGCUCUAGGCCUACAGUAUUCCGAGACUCAAACAGAUUUUUCCCACCAGGAACUCCAAAUCCCCAGAGAGGUUUUCAUAGACCUGUUGGGAGAGGCCGUCCAGUCGUGAGAGUACCAAUAAAUCCUGUUCCACUAAGACAGUCAGUAAGAGGGCCGAGCCAAACGAUUUUAAUGAAUGGUGAAGUACAUUUUCCUCAGCAAAUUUCAGUAAAUGGACUAGGAUCACCAUUACCACAACCAGCCAUAAGGCAUAUACCAAAUCAGGCAUCAAUGAGACCAGGUUCACCUCACUUAACAGCAAGACCUGGAUCACCUCAACUUCCAGUUCAACCAGGCUCACCUUAUUCCCCAUUGAGACCAGGCUCACCUCAUGUCCCUCUCAGACCAGGCUCACCCCUUAUCCCAAUGAGGCCAGCCUCACCUCACCUCACAGUGAGACCUGGCACGCCAGUGCUUGUGCACUCUGCACCACAUGGGAAUCUUUCUUCUCCUGUAAUAACAAAUUCUUUACAUAAUCAAGCUAUCAACCACCAAUCCAUCAGAGCAGCAGCUGCUGGUCAGCCUCAAGAGAUAAUAUCAUUUGGCCAGACAGUUGAGCAAAGUCCUCCUAUUCUCUUAACAACUGGUUUACAGAAUCCAAAUCUCUCUACUGCAUCAUAUAAUUCACCGCUUAAAGGCUUCAGUCCUACACAGUCUCCACUAAUGGCACACAUCAAUCAGAGUGCAAUUCAGUCUUCGUUUAACUCAAUGCAGCAAGCCGCAGCUCCUCAUUCAGUAGCGAUGCUUCCGAAUGUUCAACCUAGUUAUCAAGGUUCUCCUAUGCUGGGAAAUGCACUCCAAAAUCCAUAUCUUCGUAAUUCUUCAUUAAGCUCCUCUGUACAAAGACUUGCAUCCUCCCAUCCAUUGGUCACACAGCAAGUGUCACUGCAAACUUCCCCAGGUCUGGCAAAUGCAUUGCAAAAUUCUCAUCAAAAUUUUUCACCAUCUUUACUGUCCGGUGCUCUAAAGAACACUAAUUUGCGCAAUGCUUCAUACAUUUCUCCACUACAAAGAAGCCCUACACCUAUCGUUCAGGCACAAGAACAUUCUUAUCUUUUAUCAAGUGCAUUAAAGAAUCCAAACCUUCAAGGUGCUUCUUUUCGAUUACCUAAUGGGUCAUUAUUAUCUAGGAACCCAGGGAACCAAAAAGAGGACACAACACCGUCAGUUUUGGCAAAUGCUUUACAAAACCAAAAUCUCCGUAAAGCAACUUACAGGCUGCCAGAUGGAACAAUCAAAUCAAGGAAUGAGGUUGAACAACCGACUUCAUCUCCGUCCCUAUUAAGUAAUGCUCUUCAAAAUGCCAAUGUCAAACGAGCUCCUUACAGGAUUCCUGAAGCUAUUUUUUCCCGGGGCUCUGAUCGAGUAACUGAAACGAAACAAUUUUCACCAUACCUAGGAAAUGCUCUACAGAAUUCCAAUCUCAGUAAAGCUUCUUAUAAAUUGCCAGGUGGAACUCUCCUUUCUCGGGACCAGAAGACUGAACAAUCAACCUCCCCAAUUCUUUCAAAUGCACUUCAGAAUGCUAAUCUCCGUACAGCUUCCUACAGGCUCCCUGAUGGAACAAUUUUAAACAAACGCUCAGACCAGGAUUCAAAACAAAAUAUUUCUUCCAACCUGUCAAGUGCUUUGCAAAAAGCAAAUAUGCGUAAUGUUAGACUCCCAAGUACCUCUGGUCUAUUCAGAAAUCCCAACAAAAAAGAACAACCUUCAGUUCUGUCCAGCGCACUUCAGAACCAAAAUCUUCGUAAAGCUACCUACAGACUGCCUGAUGGAACAAUUACAACCAGGGGUAAAACGGACGAAAGUGCUCAACCUACAUCACCAUUUCUAGGAAGUGCCCUGAAGAACGUUAAUUUACACAAAGCCAACUAUAAGUUGCCCACAACUUUGAGGCGAACUCCAGAGGAUCCAAGGUACGCAGUUGUGACACCUCAGGUUCAGGGUCAACCUGAGGAACAUUGGGCUCAAGCCCACACAAUAGAUGCUCAUGAACCAGAUGAUGUUUGGUCCUCUGAAAGAGUCCUUCCACACCAUACUGUGCAGAACCUCAUAAAAUGGUCCAUGUACAGGGAUGAAGAACUGGUGGACUUCGUCAUUCCUGUGUAUCCUGGGCAAGAUGCUGAUGUUUCUGACCCUGAGUGGUCACCAGACAGGGAAGGUGAACCUCAAGGGCACUGGUAUGAUAAGGUACAAACCUAAACAUUUGGCC